GAAACGUGUGAGAAAUAAAAGCCGACUUAAUAUAGCCCGGUUGUACGCGAAAUGGGCGUCCUCGGUGACAGUUUAUUUAGUUUCAUUUUUAUGAAUAUUUAUUAAAAAUUUAUUAUUUUACGUGAUAGUUGUAUAUUAACGAAGUGUAACUGAAAUACAUCAUCAUUCAUUUAACUUGUAAUCUAAUUAAACUGUUUAGAACAUUAAGGUUUUAAAAAUGAAUAAUUAUUCUAAAGAUCGGAUCAAAUCGAUUAUUGCUAAAGAUGCUGAAGAUCUUUUUAAUUGUUGCGAAGAAGUUAAAAAAUCUAUAAGAGAUAAUGCGGAUGAACUUUUAAGUUAUCUUCGUGCUAUGGUAGCACAAAUAUCACAAUCACCGUCUGUGCCUCUUAUAACAAAAACUUCAAAAUUAGUUAAUAAAAAGGGUUUACAACGUAUUGAAACAAUACCUGAAGAUAAUAUAUUAAAUACUGAGGAUACAGUAUCUUCCAUUGAUAAUGAUGAUAAAGUGAAAAAUGAAAUGAAUUUAGAAGAAACUAUUGGUGUUAGAAGUACAAGGCGUAAUGCUUCUAAAGCUGCUGCAGAUAAUAUAAGAAAACAACAAUCUAUGCUGUUGAAUACUAAAUUACGAAGACCUGUUGAAAACUCUCAAUCCAACAACGAUACUUAUAAGGUACAUUCCGAUAAAAAAAUCAAAAGGACCAAAUCUUCACGAAGUUCUGAUGAAGAUGAAGAUAAAAGACCAGCGAAACACAGUAGAAUUGAGGAAGACAAAAAUAGUAACAAUUAUCAAGAAAAUAUCAAUGACGAUAACAAAAUGCAAAUUAGCGCUGAAGAGGACAAUGUUAAAUUUAAUGAUUGUACUUAUAGUUUAGAAAAUCGUAGAACUAGUGAAAGAAAAAUUUCGAAAGAUAAUCAAAAAGGUAAUAAUAAGAAAGAUAAUGUAGUCAAUGAAACACCACCUGCUCGUAUCACGGAUGAUAUUGAUGAACCAUCAAUGUAUGAAGAUGCAUUACCAAAACAUCCUCCAAUUAUGAAUUCAACGAUGAAAGUUAGUUCUAAUUUAUUAGAUAAAAUAAUGAACGCAACAGUAGUUAUAGAACCUUUAUCAAGGCAUUUAGCAUUAAACGAGACAGUAACGAUAAAGAAAAAUUCAGCUAAUUUGAUUAGCAAUGAAAAUGACAAUAAACAAUUAAAAACUAACGAACAAAAUGAUAAGAAUAAUAAAUUAAAUAAUAAUAAUAAUAAUAAUAAUAAUACUCAAAAGAAUAAAAUAGAACAAUUGAAAGAAGCUAUGGCAAAUAAAGAAUUCGACGAAUUAAUAACCGAUGACGAAUCAUCACCGGAAUUAAAGAAAAUACGAGGAAAGGUUAAAACUAUGAAAGUAAAUAAUAUUAAGAAACAAAAUCAAAUGAUGAUGAAAUCACCAUCAACGAGUGACGAAGAAGUUCUUAAUACACCAGUAAAAUUUAUUACAAAAGAAAAUGCUACUAUAAAGGAUAUUAAAAGUGCAUACAAAUCUAAUGCCUUGUUCAGUCCUUAUGCCAAGGAAUCUGUUAAAAAACGAGUUGAAGCAUUUGAACAAGUUUGCAUGAGUAGUCCGAAAUUAAAUGACGUUGAUGCACCUGGGAGAAUAACCAGAACUAAAACACGUGCAAUGGCUGCUGCUGAAGUUGAUAAAAAUGUUGCACAAAAAUUAGCUCGUAAGUCGCUUGCCAAAGCGAAAAAAAUUUCUUUGGCCAGACAAGUUAAGGAAGAAGAAGACAUUAAAGAAAAUAAAUAUAACAUAGAAAACAAAAUCAAAUUGUUAUCGCAGAAUGAAAAAACUAUUUCCAAAAUAAAACAGAAAGCAACUCCACUUUGUAAACCUAAAAUACAAUUACCAAUGUCUGUUAAUCGUAUUGCACAUACACCAGUGAACAAUUUAAUACUUCCAAGCUCUACGAAAGCUUUAACCGCCUCGCGUACAAAUAUUUUAACAUCAAUGGAAUCAUUUAUUCCAAUAUUAAAAUCAACUAGCAAACAAAAUUCUAUAGAUAAAAUAGAAGAAAAGAAACGUAAACAAGGUAAUGAAGAAAAUGCAAGGAGAAAAAGAGACGAAGCUUUGAGAUUGCAGACAGAAGAGAAAAGAAGAAAGAGAGAAGAAAAAGAAUUGAAGAAUAGAUUGGCACGUGAAGCCAAAGAGAAACAAGAAAUGGAGAAACGUUUGAGGGCGGAACGAGAAAAAGAAGAGAAAGCAAAAUUGGCACAACAAUUGCAAGAAAAACAACGGGAAGAAAUGGAAAAGAAACGGCUCGCACAAUUACAAAGAGCUCAGGAAAAAGAAGAGAAGAGAAAAUUAGAAGAACAAUUGAGAUUACAACGAUUAAUUGAACAAGAAGAAGCUGAACGUUUACUUGUUGAACAAAGACGUAGAGAACAGGAAGCUGAAAAACGUAGAGAACAGGAAGCAAGAGCUCAACAACAAAUUGCUUUAGAAACAAUGAGAUUGAAAGCACAAAUGAUACAAUCGCAAGCUAAAAAUAAACAAGUAGCUGUUAAUAAAAAUCCGGAACCAGUAAAUUAUGUUCUUGAUAGUGAACCUGAUGAUGAUGAAUCAGAUGAUGAAAGUAGACCAAAACAUGUUAUUCCUCAUUGGGCACAACCAAAUGUUAGAAAAGCACAAUUAGCGAUGCAAAGAUAUAUACCGGAUAUAGCAAUUUAUAAAUUCUUCGAUACUCGAAAGUGUACACCAGAUUUAACAGAAUUAUUUAUUGGCAUUGAUAGAAACAAAUUGAAACGUACAUCCAGUGCAAUUUGGAAAACACCACCGCGUUAUUCCAUGAUGGAAACUGAAUAAUUUAAUUUAUAUAUAUAUAUACUUUUUCAAUUAAAAAUUGGAUAUUUAAUCAUAA